AUGCCCACGCUUGUCGCCGCGAUCGCGCGCGCGAGAUCGAUCACGCGUCGCGGCGACGCGUCGAGGGAUGAUGGAACGAUGCGUCGACGUCAUCGACGAUGCGCUCGAGCGACGCCGACGGUGACGUACGACACCGAGUUCGACGCGCGCACGGGACAAGACGUCGAGGUGCUCUCGCAAUCGAUCGCGCGCGUGGAGCUGAGUGAUGGGGUGACGUGGAGCUAUCGCGCGGGGGCGAGCGCGCCGAGAGCGGGCGAGACGGCGCGGACGGAGACGCCGGUGGUCGUCGCGCACGGCGUCGGUGGACGCGCGUUCGGGUUUCGCGCGGUGUCGAGGGAGUUGCAAGAGCGUGGACAUGAGGUGUACGCGGUGGACGUCACGGGACACGGGGAAUCGAGUAAGCCGACGCCGGGACGGGGGCUGGCGGGGUACGACGCCGCGGCGACGGGCGCGGCGUUUGAGGAAUUCUUGAAAAAGGUCACGGGCGAUCGCGCGGUGGAUCUCGUCUUGCACGGCUACGUGAUUCCGCAACAUUUGCUGAUGCUCGUGGCGAAAAAUCCGGGGCUGUUUAGGCGUGUGGUGAUUUUGAACUCGCCGCUGGCGCCGUCGCACGCGUACCCGCCGCAAAUGGCGACGUACGGACGACCGUUCGGCAUGGGCAAAGGAGCCGCGUUCGACGCCGCGGGAUACCUGUACAACGGCAACGAGUUUGCUCUCUCCGGGGACGUUCUCGCGGAGUACGAAAAGCCGUACGUCGGCGCCGAGGCCGAGGCGGCGCGCGCCGCCGCCGAAGCGUACAUCACCAAGGCGGGCGACCUGAAGAAGCUCACAAAGGAGGUGAAGGACGCGCUCAGCGCGCGUGGUCUACCAAAGAUGCGCGUGAUUUGGGGAACGUCGGAUAGGUACCUGGACGAUGCACCCAUCUACGACUGGUGCUCGGACGUUCGCGCGUCCUUUAGCGCCAUGCGAAAGGUUGGACACAUGCCCCAGGAGGAUUUCGCCGUGGAAACCGCGUCGCGCAUCGCCGAAUUCCUCAGCGCCGAUUUACGCGCCAGCGCGAAGACCGCGCUCAACUCCGUUCGCGUCGGUAAGAUAACCACGGACGAUGGACAGGGAUAA